AAUAUUUGCUUUAGCCCGGCUGUGCGAAUUUGUUUAAAUAAUUGUCUUUAUGUCCUUACUUGUGUGUUUCUUUAUGUUGUAGUUUAAAAGAGCAACAAAUUCGCAAUACGUGCAUAGAACUGGGGCGAGACGUGGAUACAGUAGGGACAUUUUAUAAAGGGAAGAAUUAACUGCGAUUGCGACUUGUACGAUUUGCAUUUAAAAAUGCCAAGCGAAAUAAUUACUCUGCAGCUGGGCCAAUGCGGCAAUCAAAUUGGGUUCGAGUUUUGGAAACGUUUAUGCCUGGAACAUGGCAUUUCCCCAAGCGGCGUUCUAGAGGACUUCGCCACCGAUGGGAUGGACCGCAAAGAUGUUUUCUUCUACCAGGCUGAUGAUGAUCACUACAUACCGCGUGCGGUGCUGCUUGACUUGGAGCCCAGGGUGAUAAAUACAAUAAUGGGCUCGCCAUAUGCAAAGCUGUACAAUCCAGAGAACGUUUACUUAUCAAAGCAUGGUGGUGGCGCUGGCAAUAAUUGGGCAUCUGGCUAUAGUCAGGGCGAUAAGCUACAGGAGGAAAUAUUUGAUAUAAUCGACAGAGAAGCGGAUGGAAGUGAUUCCCUUGAGGGAUUCAUACUCUGUCAUUCCAUUGCCGGUGGUACGGGCUCUGGCAUGGGUUCCUUUAUCAUGGAACGCCUGGCCGAUCGCUAUCCCAAGAAACUUAUACAGACCUUCAGUGUGUUUCCCAAUCAGGAUGAGAUCAGCGACGUUGUCGUUCAGCCAUACAACUCAUUGCUGACACUGAGGCGUCUAACCAGUGCUGCGGAUAGUGUCGUAGUCCUAGACAACACGGCCCUCAAUCGCAUAGCUUGCGAUCGUUUGCACAUCCAGAAUCCCAGCUUCUCGCAAAUCAACAAUCUCGUGUCCACCAUUAUGAGCGUGAGCACAACCACUCUGCGUUACCCUUCGUAUAUGAACAACAAUCUCAUUGGGCUGAUGGCCCCACUGAUACCCACACCCCAGCUGCACUUCCUUAUGACGGGCUACACGCCACUGACCUCUGACUCGGAUGUGAACAAUCAGCAAGCGGUGAACAUUCGCAAAACGACAGUAUUGGAUGUAAUGCGUCGCCUACUGCAGCCCAAGAACAUGAUGGUCUCCACUGGCCCAGACAAGACAAAUCAUCAUUGCUACAUUUCCAUACUGAACAUUAUACAGGGCGAGGUGGAUCCAAGCCAGGUGCACAAGUCGCUGCAGCGCAUUCGUGAUCGGAAGAUGGCACAGUUUAUACCCUGGGGACCCACCUCCAUCCAGGUGGCCCUGUCCCGCUCUUCGCCCUACGUGCAAAGCAACCAUCGAGUCUCUGGCCUGAUGUUGGCCAACCACACCAGCAUCUGUUCUCUUUUCGAGCGUGCUCUCAAUCAAUACGACAAGCUACGCAAACGUGGCGCUUUUCUCGAUCAAUUUCGACGCGAAGAUAUCUUCAAGGAUGAUCUCAACGAGCUGGAUGAGUCCCGUGAGACAGUCGACAACCUCGUGCAGGAGUACGAGGCAGCCACGCGCAGUGACUACAUGCAAUUCUCAUUCAAACGUGCCCCAGGCGAGGCCAAGUCAGAGGAAGCAAAGGCUGCGGGCGAUCAUUAAAAUUAGCACCCUCGUGACAUACGCGUGCCAUGAAACCCACAAAGAAAUAUUGCUUGACAAGAAGGCAUUUCAAAUCCUUCAAGUAUUAACCAGCUACAGAAUUCUUUGUUUUGUACAGCUGAGUCUGUACUUCAUUAACAAUUGUUCUUGUGACAAAUAAAACGACAAAAACCACAA